CAAGUUUUCAUGUGAAAAAAAAAAACUUUGACAACUCCUUAGACAAAAUUAAUAUAAAAAAACAAAUACUCGAGUUUUUAAAAAACUUUUUGUUGUUAAAUUCAAAUUACCAAUAAUCUAUUAAUUGUUUUACUUAAUUAUUAAAAAUUUAAUUGAGUUUGUGAUUUAAAAAAUGGUGAGUGUUAAUAAAGAAAUAGUUGAUGACCUAAGAGAAAAGUAUUUAAAGGUUAGAAAAUUACUUGACGAACCGCAAGAUGAUAAUCCCGAGGGACCUGAUUGUCAAACUAAAAAUAAAGCCGUGAGUAUAUUGAAAGAAAUGCAAAUGAAGCUUGAAAAUGUGAUAAAUAAUUCUGUCGAGCAAGACAUAAAUAUAAUAGCGAUGCUGUCAAUAGUUUGGUUGAAUAUAGGAAUUAUUUUAAUUGACAACGAGGAAUUGAAAGAUGCCGAGGAAAACUUGAUGCGUUCAAUUGAAAUAUUGAAGGGCCAUGAGUUGGAACCUGAGUGUAUUCUGCCUUCUCUCAGCGCUUUCAAUCAGCUGGGAAUUAUUUGGUUUCAAUGGAGUGAGUAUGAAAAGUCUAAAGCAUUUGUUGAAAAAUCCGAAAAAGUUUACCAGGAUUUCAAGAGCAUUGACCCGGCAUGUGAACCCCGGGGUAUGUCUGAAUUAUUUGGUAUCGACAACAGCGAAGAACCGACACCUAAAAAUGUUUUAGAAAAAUUACAUACACUUACUCUGUAUUACAUUGCACAGAUUUACGGUAUUUGUAAAGACCAUCAGCGUGCUGCCUUCUACUGUCACAUGACUCUGCAGAGGCAGCUGGAGCUAGACGAUCUUGAUUACAUUGAUUGGGCUCUAAAUGCAGCGACAUUGUCCCAGUUUUUUAUGGAGCGCAAACAUUUUUCGCAAGCACGUCAUCAUCUAGCAGCAGCUUCGCAUAUUUUGAAACUAUACGAGAACUCUUUGGUUGAUGAUGUUGGUGAAAAUAGUAAUGAAGAACUUAAAGCCGCUAAAUGGGAGCAGUUUCGUCAUCGGAGUGCUGAUGUAGCCAGAUGCUGGGCCAAGUAUGGAAUUUUAUUGAUGAGUAUGUCGCGAGAUCGCUUGAUUGAACUUGCUGACAACAUUGACGAUGAAAAAGCUCCCAAAGACGACAACAAAGCUGAAGAUUCGGUGGACAUUGAAACGCUCGAGAGCAUGAAGUUUAAGAAACUUGAAGAACCGAUUCAGUCGAUCGCUGAACAAAUAACUGAUCAAUAUUUACUAGACUUCAAUGAUGCUAAGAAAGUGUUUCUCAAUGUUCAGCAAUGGCUGGAUCAAGCUAAAAAAUUCUAUGCUUUGGAGACCCAUGCGUCGGAUUACGUCCACAUCAUGCAGGACAUGUCCCAGGCUUACAAAUAUCUGACAUUUUUCGAGGAGAAUGAAGACCGUCAGGCUAAAAUGCACAAACGAAGAGUGGAUAUACUCGAACAUGUUAUUAAAGAAUUGAAUCCACGUUAUUAUCAGUCUGAAUGUCGGCAGCUUUGGAUCGAACUCGGCGAAACUUAUUCCGCGAUACUGGAUAUUAAAUUAGACAAACUCCGUAGCUCUGAUGAUCGGCCUACACCACACGCUUUGACUAAAAUAAAUCAAUUGAGUAGAUCAGCAAUUAAAUAUUACCAAAGUUUUCUAGAUUCACUUAAAGAGUCCGAGUCAUCACCGCCACCCAAAGAAUUUCCCGAGGAAAUGGUUCGUCCUGCAUUGUUCGCUUACUUUCACCUCGGGACUCUCUACAAUAAAUUAAUAACUCCCGACAAAAAUGCCCAAAUUGAAAAUAUUAUGAACAGCAUCAACGCCUACAACUUUUUUGUCAACUACUGCAAUACUCACCCUCAAGCCGCGGAGUUUAUGAAAACAGAAUUGAAUGUUUGUAAAGAUCUAGCAAAUUUAUUGCCGCUUAAAUUAAAUAAACUCAAGCAAACGCUAUCGGCACCAUAAAAAACACUUUUUUUGUCGUUUAUUUUUUUUCUUUUUUUUUUUUUUGUUGUUUU